AUGGCUCAAUAUCAAGAGGUCGACAACAUUGAGGAGAUAAUAUCUCGACCGUCAACCCCCAAUUCAAACCUUAGCCGCUCCGAGACAGCUCCUGAUGAGCUUGGUCAGUACAAUGCGAUCCGUCAGCCGGCCUCGAACCAGUCUCGGACGAGUGCCGAGUCCCUUGACCAGCCACACCCAGAGCCGGGGCCAGAGCGCCCACGACGUCGUUAUGCUUGGUGGCAGAGAAUUGGGAUAUUAGGCGCGCUCACAAUCGUGAUUGGAACACUGGUUCAUCUUGCAUCCUUAGCUGUGCUCAUUUUCCUUUGGCGAGGUGCUGAGGCAUCCUUGGACCGUAACGAGCCAAAGUUGUGGCAGACCAUCGUCUGGGAUGGAUGGGCGCCUGGAACCGUUACCAUCUGCUCUGCCGCCAUGCGUACCUCGAUAUCUCUUCAGCUCGGUCUUCUCGUGGCGGCUUUGGCGGCCAUCAUGCUAGAGACAUCUGGCGUGUCCUUCAAGGAUAUCCCGCUCUUGUCCACCGAGCGGGCAUCGAAAUCGACCCCUAUCGGUAUUCUUCCCGCAGUAUUCAGACAGACUACACAUGGUACCUCGGGACUGGUGCAUUCUUUUAUCGUCAGUAUCGCGGUCACCAUAAUGCUCGUUUCGACUUUUAUUUCCACCAUCCUACUCUCCGACUUCGAAACCCACGACAUCGCCGCUCCGGCAAUUACCAGCAACAAGACAAUAACAUUCGAACAUGACAUAGAGCUCGAGGACGUCAAUAGAGCUUCAUACUGGAGAUCCAAACCCGCCGCACAGUGGCGAUUCGCAGAAUCUCAGAUCGGCAAGUCCUCUCCUGGCGACACAGGGGAUACUUAUCGUGCCAUGCUGCCAUUCUUAAACGAAUCGUCGAGGACGACUUUGGAGUUUUACUCUGGGCCUGCGGUGGUCGCCAACACCCGUACUAUCUGCGCUCCAUUAUCCUUGCACUCCUUCAGCAUUGUCCCAGAACCACUAGCAACCGAGUCCCUGGUCAGUGGUAUUAGAAAAAUGUCUGGGGGUGGCACGCUCUUGCGUGUGGGUAAAGAGUUCGAUAUCAGCGCAUUUGAAUGCCAGCUGCCUACAGUUGAGGGCCACCAGACAAACUGGCCCAUCUCCCUCUGCUUUGGGGCUUCUCCUGAAGGACAAAAGUACCCCUCUGUUGCCUCAUCAGAUCCGAAAAGUGGCAUGCCUUAUGUCCUCCAUCCGAUAACCAUCCUCAACACGACCAGAAGGCUUGUGCUUGACGUAGAGGUAAAUGAUACUGACGACAGUGUCACUUACCUCGUACCCAAGCAUCUUCGAAAUUUGACGUCCAAGUCCAAAGGUCUUUGGACGACAGUGUAUGAUGCUGAAGGCCUGGAUGUAUUUUCAGCCUCUCUUUGUUAUUUCAACCUUGCUCGGCCGCUGGAAUACAACGUCACAAUGUACGGGCCAACGAUUCCAUUCGAACCUACUGGUACCGACGACAUAUGCCUCCAGUUCGGUUCAGGCGCGCUCUCUCGGGAAUUUGCAGACCGUGGCCUCCUCAGCCUCGACAUUGGGCCCCGUAUAAGAGACAUCAAAGACGAACUUGACAGGGCAGCCGUGGAUUCAAGUUUCGGUCGUGUCUGGACUGAGCUUCCUCUCGGGUCCAAGUCCGCUUGGAGCAUGAGGUAUGGCACAUUUUACGAGCCACAGUGGAAGGCUCAUCGAGCGCAUACUGCUGUUUUUCAGCGGAUUAUCCAAGAGAAGGGAGACCCAGCCAGAGCAAUCCAGGCACUACUCACUCGGCUAUACCAGAUGACAUACUAUGAUUGGCUGCCAGACUACAAUGCUGAGCAUCCAGUUACAACUGUGCACUCGGCACAAAGACUCAUCCCGAUGAGAUGGACUGGACUUGUUAUUGUUUUGAUUCUCGUUGGCUACCAUCUCAUCUUGGUGUUCGCUACAGUGGCGCUCUUCAUGGUAAAGACGAGGGGUUCUGCGCUUGGAAAUGCGUGGCAGGCGGUUGCGCAGAUAGCCCGCACGACAAACGCCCUGGAAUCAGCCGACAGGAUGCUGGACAAGGAGGUGGACAAGUGGACAAAGACAACAGGGCUGGAUAAGGAGGUGUAUUCUAUAUCAGAGUCUGCUGAUGGAAAUACGCUUGAAAUCCAACUUCGGAAACGGACAGUAGGUUGA